AUGAUGUACCAAAGAUCCCACUCUUUGGUGCUUGAUGAAAAUACCAAUCCUAUCACCAUUGCCGACAAGGACCCUAUCAAACCAAUUUCCAUCCAUCCAACUAAAGCCCCUAUUAAAAAAUCCAUUAAAGAUGACAAUUCAUCAGUUAGGACUGCUCUUUCUACCAUCAUGGCUCGUGUUAAGAAUUUGAGAAAACGACCUGGUGAUGAGAAGAGAGUUGAACUCAAGAGACAAACUAGUGACUAUAUUACCACUUCCACUCAUUAUAAUACUGUAAAUAAUCAAGAGAAUAGAGAUCCACAACAACAAGAACAAUCACUCAAUACAUCCACCACCUCCUCAACAGCAAUAAUUGAACAGGAACAACAACCACCAUCCAUUUCCAAAUCAUUGUCCACAUCAUCCCUUCCAACAAGUACUUUAUCUACUACUAGUAGUGUGAGUGAGGAAUCCAAACCUACCACACCUCAAAAGAAGACUACAGACGAAUUGACUUCUCCUGGUAUUGAUAAAGCAGAUUCUGAAGAUCCUCAGUCUUGUAUCGAAUAUGUUAAAGAUAUUCAUUCACAUUAUAAGAAGAUUGAAAACAAAUAUAGAGCAGAUCCAGCUUACUUGUCGAGACAACCUUUCAUGAGACACAAGCAUAGAUUCACCAUUGUGAAUUGGAUGAUUGAAGUUCAUCAAAAGUUUAGACUCAGUACUCCAACAAUGUAUUUGGCUGUAGAUCUUUUAGAUCGUUUCCUUUCGAAGAAUGACAUUAAUUUGAAUCAUCUUCAAUUAUUGGGAGCUACCUGUAUAUUUGUUGCUUCAAAGUAUGAAGAUCUUCAAUAUCCACUUUCUUCAGAAUUGGUUAAGAUUUCAAUGAAUUUAUUUACUAAGGAAGAUGUUCUGAAAAUGGAAAGACUCUUGCUGAGAGAUUUGGAUUUCAAUAUCACAGUUGCUACAGUAUAUCCAUUCCUUAAGAGAUAUCUCAAAUGUGCUAGAUGUGACUUUAAUCAAUUAGCUCUUGCCUAUUACUUAUCAGAAUUGUCAUUGUUAGAAGAGGCCUCUCUUUACUAUCCUCCAUCUCAAAUUGCUAGUGCAUGCAUUUACGUUGCAGGAAGACUUUGUAAUAAGAAGGAUAGUUGGGAUAGUGUUUUACAAUACUAUACUGGUUAUUCUGAACAAGAUAUUGAGGCAUGUGCUAGUGUAAUUGUUAAAAUUGCCAAAAAGUACAAUACUAAUGAGAUUAAGACUUGUACAAGAUCAAAAUACUCUCAAGAAGAAAAGGCCAAGGUUGCUUGGAUAGUAAUGUCAUACUUUAACAAUAGAUCCAAAAAGGAUUAG